ACAGAUCUAAGCUAAUCUCCCAGACGGGGGUAUAAAAGACAGGCACCUGAGAUCGAUCCGGUUAGAGAGUCGCAUAAUGAAGUGCCUGACGCUGUUGGCGCUAUUGUUCUUGGCCACAUUGGCCUACGUUCAGGCCGGCAAGGUCUCUAUCAAUGGAAAGUGUGUGGAUUGCACUCAUGACCACACCACCACCACCACCACCCACAAACCCUCAAAAGGCAGAGGAAGUACUGCUAGUAGAACCACUGCCAAACCCAAGGCUAAGUCCUCACCCCCACGCCGGCCAACUUCAUCAGAGGAAGAUGAUGACCUUGCUGGAGGGUGGUCUCUACAUCAAACAGGAGGAUCUCAGUAUAUAGGAAGACGUUCGAAACGCCAGUGGGGUGGUGGUCAGUACAUAGAUCUGGGUGGAUCUAGCGGAAGAGGAGGAGGUGGAGGAGGAGGUGGUGGCUGGUCAGGAGGUGGCAUUACCACCAUUGAUUCUCGUCCUUAUCCAGGGGGUACCUUGGUGCGGAAUAGCGAUUGUGUUGGAUGUAAUAUUCGUGGUUAAUAGACCGAAAUUAAUAAUAAUAAAUCAUUGGAAAAACUAA